AUGCUUGGUCGAGCAGCCCAUCGACAUGCUUCGACGACCGCCGGCGACAAGAAGCAAUCGACGCUGCUCUCCAACUCUUCUGCAACCAACAUUCCACCGGCAAACAGUCGAAAGCGAAAGCUCGAUCGAAGCAUGAGUACCACCAGCAGUUUAGGAUCCCUCCAUCAGCAGUCGUGGCCCGAUGAGAAUACGGAACCUGCCUUUGUCGACCUCACAAACUCGUCCGAGAAGCACUCAGAUAUACAUUAUCCUAUACUCAAGCCUCUGGAUGCGGAAUCCUAUCCUUCCCUGCCGCCUGUCCCUAAACAUUCACCAGCAGAGCCAGCCAGUAGCGCGCCGGUAGCGUGGUCUUCGUCGCCAGCCGAGCACUUCGAGAAUCCUAAGAUCAGCAUCUCUUCGAGGGAUCCCCCGUCCCCGGCCCCAUUGAGACCAGCCAAAAGACGAGUUCUCCCGGCAUCUUUCACCUCCAAACCUGCAUUUGCACCUCGAAAUGAUCUCCAUGGCGAGUUGGGCAGAGACCACAAAUCGGAAAGAGCGGCAGCGCUUAAGCAGCAUCAAGGCGGCGUCGGUCGCGAGAAGGCAUCUCAGGCCAUGUCAGAUAUGCUAGAGGCAUCCUCGUUCACCCACCAACGCAUGGCAGCAUCACUUUCACGGAGCUCUUCUGAACGACCUCCGGGACCGCUUACGAAGCAGAUCGGGACACCGGCGGCGGAGACUGAAAAAGUGCCAGAUGUAUUUUUGAGCGACGAGCAAAAGGCGGUAAUGAAAGCGGUCAUGGAAGAAGGCAAAAGUGUGUUUUUCACAGGCUCCGCUGGUACGGGCAAGUCAGUCCUUAUGAAGGCUAUCAUUGCCCAGUUAAGGCAUAAGUACAGAGCAUCUCCCGAUCGAUAUGCUGUUACCGCCUCGACGGGUCUGGCAUCCUGUAUCCUGGAAGGUCAGACGCUGCAUAGCUGGUCUGGCAUUGGCCUAGGAAAAGAACCCGCGCCCGAACUCGUCAAGAAGGUCAAACGAAAUCAGAAGUCCAGACAGAGAUGGCUCCGGACCAAGGUGCUCAUCAUUGAUGAAGUGUCUAUGGUCGACGGACAGCUGUUUGACAAGCUUGAGCAGGUGGCUCGCACAAUUCGAAACAAUGGUCGUCCUUUUGGUGGCAUUCAGCUAGUUGUCACCGGUGACUUUUUCCAGCUCCCGCCUGUGCCGGAGAAAAAUGCGACAGCCAAGUUUGUCUUCGAGGCUGUCACCUGGAACACGUGCAUUCAACAUACGAUCUUGUUGACCCAUGUCUUCCGCCAAAAGGACGAGCAGUUUGCGAGCAUGUUGAAUGAAAUGCGGCUGGGUAAAAUGAGUCCAGCCACCGUGCGGGAGUUCAAGGCCCUUUCUAGGCCACUGAAAGUCGUUGAUGAGCUGGAGGCGACCGAACUAUACCCACGCCGUGAGGAAGUUGAGAAUGCCAACACAAACCGAAUGCGAAAGCUGUCUGGCCAAGUCAUGACGUUCACUGCCGUGGAUUCAGGCAACGCUGAGCCUAAUACGCGAAAGGCGCUGCUCAGCAACUUUAUCGCUCCCGAGGUUCUUGAGCUCAAAAAGGGUGCACAAGUGAUGCUGAUUAAAAACAUCGAUGGCCAACUGGUCAACGGCUCUCUUGGAAUCGUGCAGUCUUUUAUGGACGAGGGCACCUUCUUCACUUACAAGGACGAUGAGCCUACCUUCCUUCUGGCACAAGAGGGCGGCGAGGACGACGAUGAGGAGAAGAAAGCUGCACGCGAGAAGAUUCGGGAAGCGAGGUUGAAGAACUCGGCCACCGGCGAGACUAGAAGGCUUUGGCCGAUGGUGAGAUUCAACCUGCCCGACGGCACAUCGCGAAGUAUGCUUUGCGCUCCUGAUGAGUGGAAGACGGAGGCUCAAAAUGGUGAGGUCCUGGCGAAACGAGUUCAGGUACCUCUGAUCCUGGCCUGGGCUCUAUCGAUCCACAAGGCGCAGGGGCAGACUCUCAGCAGGGUGAAGGUGGACCUCGGCAAAGUGUUCGAGAAAGGUCAGGCCUACGUUGCCUUGAGUCGAGCGAGGACCAAGGAGGGUCUCCAGGUUUUGCGGUUUGACGAGCGAAAAGUGAUGGUGCAUCAAAAGGUGCUGGAGUUCUAUGCUAAGUUGGCCGGUCAUGAGACCUUGAACAAGCAGCAAGCCAAGAAGGAAGUGAAAAAGGACUUCUUCGCCGAUGAAGAUGACUUUGAGGAUGACUUCUCCAUUGAGGACAUGCUCGAGGCGGAGAAGAUGUUGAAAGCUGGUGCUGGAUUCUGA